UACAAUACAUUCUCUAUCAGUGGAUAAAGGCAUGGAUGUGGAGCUGUUCAAUUUUAAUUCUAAAUCUAGGUAAUAAUUUCAAGACAAGAAAAAAUGGCAGCAGAAACAGGUAUCUCAGAUUCCAGCAAAGGCUCAAGUCAAAAUUCACCUAUGCAACGAAAUGUGGAUUCAUCCAUCAAGGAAAAAGCGAAAUGCAACAAUGGCUUUAAGUUGUUCAUGAUUGCCCUUAUCUGCUGCCUUUUUUGCAAAGCAUUAAUGGCAACUUUCUUGAAAAGUUCCAUUACUCAUAUAGAAAGAAGAUUUGGCAUAACAACAUCUAAAGCUGGUUUAAUUGAUGGAAGCUUUGAAAUAGGCAAUUUGCUAUUGAUUACAUUGGUAAGUCAUUUUGGAGCCAAAUUACAUAUACCAAGAGUAAUUGGAAUUGGGUGUUUCAUCAUGGCAGCUGGAAGUAUUUUAUCCUCAUUACCUCAUUUCUUCAUGGAAUAUUAUACAUAUGAUCCAACAGCAAUUAUGAAGUCACUUGACAACUCAACAGUUCCUUGCUCCACUGAUCAACAUUCAGCCAGAAAUAAGACAUCAUCAAUACUAUUGGAAUCAGGUUGCAAAAAUGAAUCUGGUUCACCCAUGUGGAUAUAUAUAAUGAUGGGCAACAUCCUACGUGGGAUUGGAGAAAGUCCAUUCUUACCCCUGGGAAUCACAUAUAUUGAUAACUAUGCUAAAAAAGGACAUUCUCCUUUUUAUGUAGGUCUUUUGCAAUCAUUGAGUUUGACUGGUUCAAUAAGUGGCUUUCUCCUAGGAUCACUUUGUGCAAGAAUAUAUGUGGAUAUUGGAUAUGUAGACCUAAGUAUUAUUUCAAUAAAACCAACUGAUUCCCGGUGGAUUGGUGCUUGGUGGCUUGGUUUUAUUAUAGCAGGCAUUCUUAUUAUUCUUUCUGGAGUGCCAUUCUUUUUCAUACCUCCGUUCCAGAAAAAAACAAAAAUGGAAAGUAAAGUUCCAGCAUCUUUAUCAGCAUCCAAUACAAAUGACAGAAGUAGCCAAAAACUGAAUUUUAAAAAUCCUGAGCAAAUAAAGGAUCCUCAAGAAUUAUCAGGAUAUUUUCAUUCCUUGAAAUGCCUUCUUAGUAACUGGAAUUACAUCAUCUUUUUGACUUAUUGUUUAUUUUCAUAUAUUUGCAUAAUUGUAAAUCUGACAUAUCUACCAAAAUAUUUAGAACAGGAAUAUGGUCAGUCAAUUUCUAAAAGUAAUUUAAUAUUUGGAAUAAUUAUAUUUCCUUUCACUGGUAUUUCACUUUUCCUGGGAGGAUAUAUUUCUAGAAAAUUGAAAUUGAACAUUAUUGGAACUGCCAAAUUUUUACUCAUUUGUCAUUGUUGUGGCUUUGUUGCACAAACACUGAUGUUGACAUUAAACUGUGAAAGCAGACCAGUAGCUGGGUUAACAGUAGCCUACAAGAGAAAUGAUCCACAGGGAGAUCUUCAAAAUAUCUCAUUUUCAGAGUGUAACUCAGAUUGUAAUUGUGAUGUUAAUCUAUGGGAUCCUGUCUGUGGGGAUGAUGGACUCACUUACAUAUCCCCCUGUUCUGCUGGCUGUAAAUCUUCAGCAGGUUAUGGAAAGGAGAUGGUUUUUCAUAACUGUAGCUGUGUUGAAGUUAAUAAUUUCCAGUCCCAAAAUUCCUCAGCUCAUUUGGGUGAAUGUUCAAGGACAAAUGAUUGUUCAAGAAAGUUUAUUUAUUUUGUGGUAAUACAAUCUCUGGCUCAAUUUUUCUAUGCACUAGGAUAUUCCCCAGGAACUAUGCUGACUUUUAUGAUUGUUGAGCCUCAAUUGAAAUCGCUUGCGAUAGGUUUUUGUUCACUGACUUUACGAUCAAUAGGAGGAUUGUUAACCCCUAUUUAUUUUGGAGCUAUUAUAGAUUUAACAUGCCUAAAAUGGGCAACUAAUAGUUGUGAAGAUCAAGGAUCUUGCAGAAUAUAUAACCCCAUAUCAUUCAGAAAGAAGUUCUUUGGCUUCCUUAUAGGAAUGAGAGCAGUAGCAUAUGCCUUUUUAAUCUUUUUCUUCAUUGCUGUAAAGAAAAAAUAUAAAGAAAACAACACUGGACUUUCUAAAAGUGAAGGAAAGGAUGUAGUUGAAUUAAACCUUAGAGAGCCUCUAAACAAUAAUGAACACCUGGGAAUUUCUGCUAAUGUAAAUAAUGAAACACAUAUUUAAAAAAAGGCUAAAUGUUUUUCAUUCACAAUUUUGUCUCCUUUAAUGAGAUUUAGGAGGACAAGAAACCUGAAUAUAAGCUAUGAUUCUUUCUUUCAGUUACCAUCCUUCUUUUAAUCUCAGUUGUUUUGAAUUCUGUUCCCUGAGAAUUCUGACAUUUUUAUCUCAUGGAAUAUUAAUUGACUAAAAAUAUAAAACUGAUAAUGGCACAAAAUCUAAAUAAAAAACGGGGUAUUGAAAUAUGCCUUGCUUUAGCAUAGCUCUUUGAUUAUAAUGAAGAUACAUUGUGCACAUAUCAUGAAUGAAUCACUUAAAGUAAUUUUGAGAUUAAUAAAUAUUUUGAGAUUAA